CAAACCUGUACAAUCCCCACUUCCUCCCCCACCCCACACCCACUUUGGUUUUUACUCCCUUUUAAAAUUUUCUAAUUUGGCACCAUUCACACUUUAAAGGAUGCUCUGCCUUCCUCAUCCAGCACAUAUAGCUGAUAGCUCUGCUUCCCAUAAUCAUCUCCACAGAAAGAGAGAAAAAGAGAGAAGAGAUAGUAAUCACCAGCAGCUCAGUUGAUCAGAAAAGAUGGCCAUUAGCUUUUCAUGUGAACAUGCAGAUGAAGAAGAAGACUACAUAGACAUGGAAGUGAGUUCCUCUACCACAUUCUUGUACUACUCCAUCAACUCUCCUCCUCAGCACAGAGAGUUUGAGUUCCAAAUGUCAUCAGCCUCUCUUGAAAGGGAAACCUCCACCUCCCCAGCUGAUGAGCUCUUCUAUAAAGGGAAGCUCCUUCCACUUCACCUCCCUCCACGUCUCCAAAUGGUGGAAAAGCUUCUCCACUACCACCACUCCAACUCUUCUACAGAGGAUAGAGCAGAGCCUUCAGAAGAAAACUAUUCCACUCCCUUCACUACCACCCCCAUUGCAACUUCCUAUAGUAAUACCCCCUUUGAAUCCUGCAACAUUUCUCCCUCUGAGUCUUGCAGGGUCAGCGGAGAACUGAACCUAGAUGAGUACUUCUUCGAAUGCCCAUCUGGAACUGGUGGUUUCAUUGGUGACCAGCCAAAGAAGUCUUGGUCCAAGAAGCUCAAAUUGAUCAGACAAUCUUCACUGGGUCUCAAGUUGAAAGCUUCCAGAGCUUAUAUCAAGUCUCUGUUCAGUAAAUCUGGAUGUUCAGAUGAGCUCUCUGCAGAGUCUGCCAAGAAUGGAGACAAAACAACCAUUUCCAAAGCUAAGGAGUUCUCAAACAAGUAUGUGAAGGUGACAAGGAAGAACCCAUUUGGCCAAAUUCAAAGGGGGAGGUACCAAAUGGCAUCAUCGUCUUCUAUCAGGAGAGAUACCCUCACUGAGAAAGAGAAGAAGAUGGAGAAUGGUGGUAAUGGUGGCGGCCAUAGAAGGUCCUUCUCGGGGGCCAUUAAACGUCACUCAACAACCAAAUACUCUUCGUCUUCGUCAUUUUCGUCGGGCUCUUCUUCUUCUUCUUCUUCGUCUUCAUCUUUAUGGAGUAAUCCAAGUGGGUUUUAUGACUUGCAGUUUCUUAAGAGGAGCAGUAGUGCAAAUUCAGAGAUUGAGUGCUCAAUUCAGGGAGCGAUUGCUCACUGUAAACAGUCGCAGCAGUUAUCUAGUUCGAGAAAGGAAUUAAGUGAAGCUGGGUUUUGUUCAUUCUCUGCUUCAAGGAUUGUAGCUUGUGACGAUCAAGAAAGGCCAGGACUCUGUAGGGGAUGAUUCUGAUGAUGAUGAUCUAAAAUUAAAAGAAAAAUAAAAUUGAAAUUGAAGAACCCCAGCAGGAAUUCAGGAGAGGAAGGAAGAAAUGUUUCUUUUUUUUUUCCCCCUUUUCUUCCCUUUUUGGUGGGAGUGUAGCUCUUUCUGAACUUUUCAUGGCGAGUUUGCUUGUCUAUGUGUUUUGAUUCAGUGCAAAGGCCACCAUGUUGGGUAGUUCAUCUAGAUGUGAAAAGUACCCAAAGAUUUGAUCUUUGAAAUAAAAUAUCGAAGAAUUCCCCUUGUUUAAA